GACAGGAUUUGCAGCACCUGCAGGAUCCGCAAGCCCCUCCGUUCCAAGCACUGCAAGUUCUGUGGAAGGUGUGUCGCCAAGUUCGACCAUCAUUGUCCGUGGAUUGGGAACUGCGUGGGGUGGGACAGGACAAACACUUGCGACUUCUCAUUUUCACGCAGCUACCGCAAUCAUCCGCUCUUCGUUCUCUUCCUCGGCUCUGCUUUUUCUGCUGGUAGGAGAGGAAGAGCGUGUGAGGUCCUUGACCUCUGGCAGGCGUCAUCCUCAACCUUUUCAGCGUCUACCGCGUCUCGUUCGAGCCUGACCUUCAGCACCUCGACUGGUCCUCCUUGCGCGGGUGAACCCCUGCCCCUCUUUCAUCCUCAUCCUCAUCCUCAUCGUGCUCAGGUCCUUGUACUCCAUCUUCUACUUCGGUCUCUUGUCGUGUCGCCAUGUUCGCUGCUGUGA